AUGAAGGGCACCAGAGUGACCAUGACCCUGAUGGCUUCAUGCAAAACCACCUUGGUCUGUCAACUAGAGUGCUCGUACAUGUUCCCUGGUGCCUUCCAGUGUAAGAAGUCACAUGAAACGAGUACUCAGCUGGCAGUCAUAAGCCUUAACAUUUGUAGCAUUCCCGAACAUUUAAAUGAAUUUAUUGACCAGUGCCUGUGUUCAAAUAACAGUAUUUUUGACAUUAUUGGAUUUUCUGAAACUAAAUUAACCGAUGAUAUCAAUCAGUUGUACAAAAUAGAAAAUUAUGAUGCAUAUUUCAACAACAGAUCCCGGCACAGUGGUGGCGUUGCUCUCUAUGUCAGAAGGAGCUACUCCUCCCAUUUCAGACCAGAUUUAUCAGUUCAAGAUGAAUACCUGAAAUCGGUCUUUGCUGAAAUUAAAACCGAAACCUCUUCCAUACUGAUAGGAAAUCCAACAAGAGUCAUGGAAAUGUCUGCUACUCUCAUAGACCAUAUAUGGACUAAUAACAUUUCAAAUACAGUUAAUAGAGGCGGAGGCAGCCAACCUGCGCAAGUAAUCGGAGACAUCAAGGACGAAGUGAAGAGAAAGGAAUUAGAAAUCAGACAAGUAGAGAUUCAUGCGGGUCUCGAGUUCACACACGCCAACAUUCCGGAGCUCGAAGCGCGCGAGGCGGACGCGAGGCGAGCGAGCGACGCGCUGCGGACCCGAACGGAAGCCCUCGCGAAGGAAACCCGAGACCUACGAAGAGCCUUGGCGAGAUCCGAGGAGCGCGCAGACUACCAAGACGACCAGGGACGCCGAAACAACCUGCGUUUCUCUGGCAUCCCCGAGGAGCAAAACGAAACCUGGCAGCAGUGUCAGCAGAAACUCGGCCACCUCCUGCAGCAGCACCUGAACCUCGCCCCGGUGAUAGAGCGAGCUCGUCGAGUGGGGAAGCCAUCUCAUGACAAGCCCAGGGACAUCGUGGCCAAGUUCGCGAGUUUCGGGGACCGUGAUGCAGUUUUUAAGAAAAAAGCAAACUUUAAGAAUGCACCUGUUUUUGUUUUUGUUCAUGAAGACUUCUGUGCCGGCACUAUCAAGGCACGGAAAGACCAGAUGGAGCAGCUGAAGCAGGCGAGGAGCGAGGGAAAACACGCCUAUUUCAACUACAGAAAACUAGUCGUGACUGAGCGCUCGCACCCGCGUAGCCAGCCUGACUCCGCGCUCCCCCUUCAGUCUCGCUCCUCGCGUGCGUCCUUGUCCGAUCCUCCUUCGCCAAUGCUACGUCGCCCCUCGACUCCUGCCCACAACGCCCUGGCCCUUUCGCAUCAGCCCCGAAGACGCCGAGGGAGCUUCAGGCAACGACACGUCUCCUCGCCAAGAAGACUCCUUUUCAGCCCCUGA